AUGGCCGUAUUAAUAGAAACAACAUUGGGUGAUUUAGUUAUUGACUUAUUUAUUAAAGAAAGACCAAAUACUUGCAAAAACUUUUUGAAGCUUUGCAAAACAAAAUAUUACAAUCUUUGCCAAUUCUUUACAAUAGAGACAAAUUAUAUUGCUCAAACUGGAGAUCCAACAAAUACUGGAAGAGGAGGAGAGUCGAUUUUUGGUACUUUAUUCGGCGAACAGGCAAACUAUUUCGAAAUGGAGAAAGUACCAAAAUUAAAACAUACUCGUCGUGGACUUGUCUCAAUGAUUAAUAAUGGGGAAGGACUUAUUGGAUCUCAAUUCUUUAUUACUUUGGCUGAUGAAUUGGAUUUUCUUGAUGGAAAACAUUGCAUUUUUGGGCAAGUGGCGGAAGGUUUAGAAACGUUGUCGAAAUUGAAUGAAGAACUUGUUAAUGAAACAAAUAGGCCUUAUAGAGAUAUUCGAAUUGCUCAUACAAUUAUUUUGGAUGAUCCUUUUGAAGACCCCCCUCGUUUAAAAAUACCAAGACGUUCGCCUUCACCUACAAUUGAUAUUUUAAAGCUCGAAAAUCAAUUGGCACUGGAUGAGCGUAUUGAUGAAAAUGAGGGUAAAACAGCUGAAGAAAUUAAAAAGGAACUUGAACAGAAAGAAAUGAAAGAACAUGCACAAAUUUUGGAAAUGGUUGGUGAUUUACAUUAUGCUGAAGAACGUCCUCCAGAUAAUGUUCUUUUUGUUUGUAAAUUGAAUCCAGCAACGAAUGAUGAGGAUUUGGAAAUUAUUUUUUCUCGUUUUGGCACAAUUCUUAACUGUGAAGUUAUUCGAAAUAGAAGAACUAAAGAUUCCUUACAAUAUGCAUUUAUUGAAUUCGAAACACCAGAACAGUGUGAAAAAGCUUUUAUGAAAAUGGAUAAUGUUUUGAUUGAUGACAGAAGAAUUCAUGUUGAUUUUAGCCAGUCUGUGGCAAAAAAUUAUCAAUGGGAUAGGAAACUUAAAAGUGGUUAG